GUUGGACCCUGGUUUUCAUUGCUUUCAACCUCCCAUCUACCUAACAUCGCCUUCUUCUUCGUCGUCUUCAAUCUACUGUUGCUCUGAAUUCACUUGUUCCUGCUUGUGAUGGCAUUUUCUGAUGAUCUUUGCUGUUAGAAGGGGAUUUAGCAUUGUAAAAGUCGAGGCUUCCUUGAAAAGUUUAUGCACCAUGAAAGGAGAAAACAUAGAUGAUUCAUUAGGUUCGGAAGGAUUUCCUGUUUUACCCCCUAUAGUUGCAGGGAACAACAAGAAAAUUUCGUCGUCCAAAGUCCAGGUUACACCCGAAAUAGAGAAGAAGUAUGUUCAUCGUGUUUAUGAUGCAAUUGCUCCCCACUUUAGCUCUACCCGGUUUGCAAAAUGGCCCAAGGUCCAAGGGUUCUUGAACGCUCUGCCCUCGGGAUCUCUCAUUUUAGAUGCAGGGUGUGGCAACGGGAAAUAUUUGGGGUUGAAUCCAAAUUGUUAUUUCAUCGGUUGUGAUAUCAGUGCACCCCUUAUCAAUAUAUGUUCAGAUAAAGGAAAUGAAGUUUUGGUUGCUGAUGCAGUGAAUCUUCCUUACCGAACUGGUUAUGGUGAUGCUGCAAUCUCUAUUGCAGUCUUGCAUCACUUGAGCUCAGAAAGUAGGAGAAAGAAAGCUGUCGAAGAAUUGAUUCGAAUUGUGAAAAAAGGUGGUCUUAUUUUAAUCACAGUUUGGGCUAGGGAGCAGGAAGAUAACUCAUUGAUUAAGAAAUGGACUCCCCUUAGUCCAAAAUACGUCGAAGAAUGGAUUGGACCUGGUAGCCCUCGAACGCGUAGCCCUUCGUCUUCAGUUUCGCUAGAAAGCAUCUCAGAAACUGAGGAAAGUGUUUCUGCAGAGCAGUCUAUGUAUUUACCUAAUCAGUCCGAAGAUGAAAGAUCCACUGAUAUCAAGUACCCGAGCUGUAGUGAUCUAACACGCAGCCCUUCACCUUCAAUUCAUCUAGAGAGCAUCUCAGAAACUGAGGAAAGUGUGUCUGGGGAGCAGUCGAUAUGCUUACCUAAAGAGUCUGAGGAUGAAAGGUCUGAUGAAAUUAAACACCCAAAGUCCAGUUAUGGGCCUCUUUCGUCAGAUUCUACAGUUAAAAAGAGUAGUCUAUGUCAGCAAGAAUAUUUUGUGCCAUGGCACUUACCUUAUCAUCGAGCUGAAGUAAGUGGAGCUUCUUCAAAUGCUGUAUCUAAUGGUUUUGCACGGAAAGAUGAUAAGAAGGGUGCAGUUGUGUACGACAGAUAUUAUCAUGUUUUCAGUGAAGGUGAACUUGAAAGGUUAGCCAGCAAUGUCGAAGGUGCUGUCAUCGUGGACAGAUUUUAUGACAAAUCAAACUGGUGCAUUAUCCUUGAGAAAACUUCAUCAUGAGAAUGAGUCUCGUUACCAGCAAGUAUUGGAGUAGGUGAUCUUGCAACCCGGGAGAAUUUGUCCUCGGACAAAACUUGGUUUUACAAGAUAUUUAUUGUUCGGAUGAUUCUAAACCAGGCCCACGUCUACACUCCAACGAGGUAUAAGACCAGUGCCCGGCACUUGGACUUGGUUGUUUUGUGAUUUCUUCAGCCGUGUUGUUACUCCAUUGUCUGUGCUUCUUAUUGUUGUCGAUGGACUGUCGUCAUUAUUAUAUACGAUGACACACAACAUUUAAGGAAAAUUCUUCUUGAAACUUAUUUUUCCAGAGAUGAAGCUAGACUUGUCUGUGUUUUUAUUUUACUGUGGUUGUAAAGAUUCAAUUUGCUAUAAAAGAUACUCCUUGUUCUAGUGUACAUCCACUGCUGAAUUAGUCUGAAAAUCAACA